AUGGCCGACAUAGAUGACGAGCUUUUGGCUCUUGCGGGAGGCGGCGAGUCCUCAGAUGAGGAGGAGGUGAUGUCGGAGGCGGAGAGCAGGGCGCAAUCCGCAUCACCUCCUCCUAAGGCAGCUGCGAAGAAGUCCGUGGCAAAGAAGGUGAAAAAGCGCACGGGAGGAGACGACUCAGAGGAGGAGGGUGAAGCAUCAUCAGUACCCGGUAGCCCAAACUCGAUAGGAUCGGCCGCGAUGGACGAAUCUGACUCCGAAGCCGAGCAGCAUGGUGGUAGGGCCGCGGAUGACGAUGACGAGGAGGACAAAUAUCCCGUCGACGGUAUGUUUAGGAGUCUUGCCGAGAAAGAGCAGGUUAUGGCAAUGCGCGAGGUUGAAAGAGAGUCGCUGCUCGCAGAGCGACAGGCCGAGAUCGAGCGCCAUCGGCAAAACCGGAUGUUGCGCCAGCUCGUCAGCAAGCAGGAGAACAAGGAGAAGAAGCAAAAGCUCCACAAGCGCAGCGCUGAUGACGCCGACCUCGAAGAUGGCGCGCGUAAGGCGUCGCGCCCCCGCACUGAUGGCAAGACGUCCGCGAUAAAUUCGCUGCUUCUGCGCCGUGCGGAGAAAAGCGACCGAGCACGCCGCAGAGAGGAGGACCGGCAGAAGGGUAACCGUUCGCCUCGCGACGAUGAUUAUGGUGGGCGCGAUGAAAGCGAUAUCGACGAUGACUACGGUGAGCGCAGUCGACGCCGUCGCAAGUCUCGGUCUCCUGAGGAAGAAAUUGUUGCGCGCGAGUUGCCACCACCUGAUAUGCGUGACUUUGAGCGCAUUCGUGUGGGUAAAAGUCGAUUCGCUGAGUACUGUUUUAACCCUGGCUUUGAGUCAGCAAUGAUUGGCUGCUAUGUCCGCAUCAGUCUUGGUCCUGACCCCAAGACUGGAUCUGACGAAUAUCGCAUGGCACGUAUCCAAGCCAUCACCGUCGGCAAGCCCUACGCCAUGAGCGGCCCUGGUGGUUCGUUUGUCACGGAUCAGUACGUACUGGCCGCCCAUGGUAAGGCUGAGCGGACAUUCCCCUUUAUUUUUCUCUCAGACAGACCCUUCACAGAGCGCGAGUACAACCGAUACGAAAAAGUUAUACAGUCUGAGGGCCUCAGUCUGCCAAAGAAACAAACACUUCUUGACAAGAUCGACGACAUCAAUCGACUUGUCAGCCAUCAUCUCACCACCACAGAAAUCGAUGAGCGCAUCCAGCGCAAAGCUGCUCUCAGGAAGAAGUUCGAUCCCAAGGUCCGUGAGCGCCUGGCACAGGAUAUCGAUAUCGCCCGCGCGCAGGGUAACACCAGGAAAGCUGAGGAACUGCAAGAGCAGCUUGAUGACCUCAAGACAAACGUACUUGCGUUCAAGACCAGUCUCAGUGAUGGACAGAGCAAACCGAGCACCACGUCUCAGCAGGACCGCCUGGCAGACAUUAACCGCCAGCGUCGGCUCCAGAACGCUGAGAACGUGCGCAAGGCACAGCUCAAGGAGAAGGCUGAGGCACGUAAGCUCGAGGCCGCACUCGAGAGAGGUGAAGACAUCAAGAACGAUCUCUCGCGACGGCUGCGCACCAAGGCCAAGUUUAUUCACGAUAUCAACGACGCAAAGAAAACUUCCUCGACAAACGGCAGCGCAGCGAGUACCCCUGCCAACGGUACUCCUAACCUCGGAGCACAGAACUCGGGGUCCUUAUUGCCCCAUCUCGCUAAGCUGCAAGCAGCGAACCAGGAGAAAAAGGGCAUCCCGACCAUUCACAAACCCCUUAUGGAUGACGAUAUCAUCGGCGCUUUAGACCUCGAUAUUGACGUUGAUAUUGACUAA